UUCCGUGUAUACUCACCAUUUGGAGAAUGGUCUCCGCUUUCCUUUGGAUCCGUUCGUAUCCGAGGUUUUGGUGUCGUACAACAUUAGUUUGGCCCAGCUCACACCCAAAUCUAUGAGGCACAUAAUCGGAUUUAGAUGGGUGUGUGACUUCGUCAAUUUCCCUUGCUCUGUCGCUAUUUUUCGGGAUCUUCACGAUCUGGUUCUCAACCAUGCUUCCAAGGGUGAUGGGUAUGGUUGGUGGACCAUUGUCAACAAGAAGUCCCGAAAGAGGGGGGAUCCGAACUACAUCACGGCGUACCCCUACCUUAGCUCUGACCACAAUUGGAAGACGGAGUGGUUGCUCGUCCGUGUGCCGACGGAUCCGAAGCAUCCCAACUUUUAUCGUCCUCCGAAGUGGUUCGUGGCUCCUGAUCCUGAUAUGAGGGGUGUGGCGGCUCCAGAUCGGAACCAUCGCCACUAUGUGGACCUCCUCCAGUGGUUCUUGGCUCAAGAGGAUAACCACCGACUGCCGUCUAGCUGGCUCCCGAAUCUCAAUUACAUUCUGAGGGAGGACAUUCUUGCUGUUGCCGGUCUCAGCAGGAUUUUUGACAGGGAGUACGGCUUUAGCUGCAUUGAUCCUAAGAAGUUGGGCAUUUCUUUGGAUUUGAAGACUAUUCACGACCCGGCUCCCGAGUACAAGUUCGGAAAAGAUAACCCUCGUAAUCCUCGUCUGAAGGAUUACGUGUUGUCUCCUUUGGGGGUUGCUCGGAUAUCCGAAGUUCGAGCUGAUCCGUGGGAUUCCGCCUCUUCUGUUGAAGCUGUUCCUGUGAAGGUUGUGCUUCCUGAGUUGAAGACGACUUCGGAUCCGGGUCCUGGGACUGACGCUGUGCCGCGUGCCGUUCCUUCGGUUUCAUCUCCGGCUCGGAUAGAUAUCUCUUUAUCUAGGAACCGGGAUCAACGCAAAAGGAAGGGUAGCACUCUUUUGAGGCCUUCCACGCAUCCGAAGAAAGCGAAGGCUUCUCAGCCCUCGGAGAAGGAAGCAGUUUCGGAAGUCAUGCCUCCUCCUAAGAAUCUUCUUCACUUCAUGCCCUUGCCAGGGCAGAAGUUAAAGAGUGUGGUGGUUGCUGAACCGCCGGCCGUGGAUCAGCCGCUGAUCGAGGAAGAUAUCAUCCCUUCUCCCCUUAAACCAUCUGCUGCUUUGGGGAUCGAAAUCCAGGAUAUCACCGAGGUGAUGGAGGCGAUUGAAGCCGAUUUUGUUCCUGGUUCGGAUGUCCCUGAGGUAGCUGGGGAGAAGAAGGAGUCUGCUGAUCUUCCCUUCGAGAGGGAGAAGAGUCCAGACAAGGAGAUGAUAGAUCUCUCGGGCCCCGAAGCUGCGGUCCCCGAGGUUCAGAAGGAGGUUCCCUCUGCUGGAGAGGAGGAGCAGCCCGAGCAAGGUUUGACGAGGAAGAGGCGCCACUCAACUUUGGGUUCUACUUCUACCUCGGCCCUGGAUAGGCUGAUCCAUGCUGAUCCCUGUUCGGAUGUUCCGCUAAAACGGAUCCCCGAAGAAGUAAGGGAGGCGAUGGCUCGAUAUGCCAGGGCUCCGAUUUUGGGAGAGGACCCUUUGGCUCACGUGGGAUCCUUGGUGGGCCCCGAGGCUGCUCGGGAGAAUCUGCUUCGUGCUAACCCGCAGUGGAGGGUUCCUGGGGCCGAAGAGAGGAAUCCGGCAAUGAUGGCCCAGUACUAUCUGAACGAGGCUGUUUUCUGGUCUUCGUUCGCUUCCGAGUGUAGCUCGGUUGAGGAGAAACAACUGAGGAAAUAUCGUGAGGCUUAUGCUCGUGAUAUUCCCAUUUUGGACCAGAAGGCUGGGCAACUCCUCUCCGAGCUUACGGAACUCAAGCAGCUGUACCUUCACUAUAGUCGCGAGGCUAGAGAGUCUGCUGAGAAGAUCGGGACCGAGGUUGGCCAGCUCAUCUUCCGAGUUGAAGAGGAUGCUGAGAAGAUCGCUUCCUUUGCUGAGGAGAAGAAGGAUAUGGCCGCUAAGUUCGCUAGCGAACUUGAGGAAAAAGAUAGACUCUUCCAGGAGAUGAAGUCUAAAUUUGAAGCGGCCGACAAGGAGCGUAAAGAGGCGGAGUUAAGGCUCCACCAUUUUGUCCAGCAUCGGGAGCUGAUCCAGCAGCAAGCUGAUAAGGUGCCUGUCCUUCGGCUGAAGCUUCGGGAAAAAGAUGACUAUAUUCGGAAGCUGGAGCAGGAGCGAGUCAACCUCUACACUGCUGAUCAGUGUAGAGAGCAGUACUGGAACGGCAUCCUGGGUGCUCGGCGCAUGUUUGCGAAGCACAUGCCUCACUUCCCUUGGAACGAGAAAGUUCCUCUAUGGAUGCAGGCCGAGGACCACUUGGUGGAAUGCCAAGCUGAUCGAGAUGAAGCUGAAGCUGAACGCCAAGCUGCUCUUGCAGAGGCUCGGGCCCAGAAGGCAACUUCCGAAGGUGAUACCACUGCUGGGGGUUCUUCGAAGGAUGCUCCCCUAGGGGCCGCUUCUGAGACUCCCAAGAGUUAGGGAUUCGGGCAGUCGUCUUCUUCAGAGUCGGUCGGUUCCAGUUGAGGACUUCCGAAUAUGUGCUUGCUUUUCCCCCUUUUGCCUCGGCGCUGCGUUGUACUCAUUUCUUUUUGCUUUCUUUAGUACUUCGGUAGGCCGGUAUUGUCUGUUGAUGGCUGCCGAUUUUAACUUGUUUCAUUUUGUUUUCAAUUUUUGAGGUUUUCGAUGUGUUUGUACUUCCCCCAAAUAUUGAAUAAAAAAUGAAUGUUUGUUACUUGGCUGCUUCUUUUCAACUUGUUCUUUCGCAAUUUUUAGGUCUUUAAAUCCGUAGAUUUCUCGAGCUCCUCUUUCUGUAGACUUGCUAAAAACCUUUUGAUCUUGCGAGCUCUUUAAAUCCGUAGAUCUGCUAAGAGACUCUUUAGUUUUGCGAGUUCUUCAAAUCCGUAGAUCUGCUAAGAGACUCUUUGACUUUGUGAGUUCUUCAAAUCCGUAGAUCUGCUAAGAGACUCUUUAGUUUUGCGAGUUCUUCAAAUCCGUAGAUCUGCUAAGAGACUCUUUAGUUUUGCGAGUUCUUCAAAUCCGUAGAUCUGCUAAGAGACUCUUUAGUUUCCAGACUCUUCAAAUCCGUCGAUCUGCUCAGAGGUUUGGAUUGUUCUUCCGAUCUCUUGUGGUUCGGAAACCUGGGCAAGAGAUCGCUAGUCUGCCUCUUUAGUUAUGCCUUCGGCGAUCCGUGGAUCUGAGCCGGAGUUUUAUAACUUGAUUCGAGCGACUGUUUGUUGCGAACAAAUUUUAUUAGGGUACCGCGAAUCCGAGGAUUCUGGACGGUUCCCUGAAGUGUAUGAUUUGGUCAUUUCUUGCAUUUUAUCAAGGAAUGGGCAAAGUCAACCUGUUUUUGGUCUCGGAUUGAUCAGAUCCGAGGCUGCAUAUAUAUAUAAAGGGACAAUAAAUGUAGAGAUAAGUUUAAUGAAACACAUGGUGCCAAUGGCUUUCCUCUUCUCAUUAAACAACUUACUUGGUUUACAGACAGAGAUCAUACAAAAUAUUUCUUGAGAACAUCGGUAUUCC